CUUCUUUGCUUUUUUUAUAUUUUAAAACUAAAGAAAAGAAAAAAAUGAAAUCAUUUUCAGUUGAAGUUGGACCUGAACAACCUAACGGUGGACGUAUCCGAAGAUCAGUAUUUGCUGCCGAUGGAAUCGCUCGCGUUCCUCACCAUAAUGUGCAUACACUCUAUGAUGUUUUAAAUUAUAGCUCAAAAAAGUUUCCUGAACGUAAAGGUUUUGGAUUUCGUAAGGUGGAUAAAAUGAUUGAUGAAGAAAAGGAAGUGACCAAAUUCGUCAAUGGCGAAGAAGUCAAGGAAAUGAAAACCUGGAAAUACUUUCAAUUAUCUCCCUAUCAUUAUUUAACUUACAAAGAAGCUUCUCGUUUGGCUCAUGAUGUUGGUGCUGGUUUCGCUCAUCUUGGCCUUAAAGAAAAAUCAAAGAUUGAAGUCUUUUCUCCCACAAAUAUGUACUGGCUUUUAACAGCUCAUAGUGCAUUCACUCAAAACAUGACUAUUGUUACAGCUUACGACACUUUAGGUGAAGACGGUUUACUUCAUUCAAUGAAUGAAACUGAAGUUGAGGCGAUCUAUACUGUUGGAGAUUUAUUACCUACUGUUCAAAAGGUUGCUAAGAAAUGUCCCAGUCUCAAAUUCAUCUUUUACAGUGGUGAGGUCAAGCCCGACGUUCUUUCAAAAAUAACCUCAUCCGUCACUCAGCGAGUUAUUUCAUUGGAUGAAGUAGCAAAGUUGGGAAGAGAAAACCCAAGAGAGGCCAGACAACCUGAACCUGAGGAUAUUUGUUGUAUCAUGUAUACUUCUGGAAGUACAGGAAAUCCCAAGGGUGUUAUUUUAUCUCAUAAGAAUGUGGUUGCUGCAAUCGCUGGUUGUAAUACAAUUUUGGGUCACCUUGUAACUGAUCACGAUACGAUGAUUGCUUAUCUUCCAUUGGCUCACGUAUUGGAGUUUGUUGUCGAAAAUCUUUGUGUAUUCUGGGGUGUAACACUUGGUUAUGCUUCUGUUCGUACAUUAACUGAUGCAUCUGUCCGUAACUGUAAUGGUGAUAUUAAGGAGUUCAGACCUACGAUUAUGACUGGUGUACCCCAAGUUUGGGAAUCAAUUCGAAAGGGUAUUUUGACCAAAUUGAGCCAAGCAUCUCCCAAGGCUCAAAAGAUUUUCCACAAGGCAUUCGCAACAAAGGUUUGGUUAUUGGAACGUCAUCUUCCUACUGGUUUCCUUGAUAAAGUGGUAUUCAAUAAGAUUAAAGAGCAAGUGGGUGGCCGUCUUCGUUUUGCUUUGUCUGGUGGUGCUCCUGUUUCUGUCGAGACUCAAAAGUUUUUGUCGGUUACUGUAUGUCCCAUUUUGGGAGGUUAUGGAUUAACAGAAAGUUGUGGAAUGUGUGCUAUUAUGACACCCGAAGCCUUUGGCUAUGGCCAUGUUGGUGCACCUGUUCCUUGCUGUGAAAUUAAAUUAGUAGAUGUGCCUGAUGCCAAUUAUUUUUCCAAGGAUGUGAUUCCCAAGGGAGAAAUCUGGGUUCGAGGUCCUGCAGUUACAAAAGGAUAUUGGAAGCGUGAUGAUGUGACAAAAGAAACCAUUACAGAAGAUUGUUGGUUACAAACGGGUGAUAUUGGACAAUGGAACGAAAAUGGUACUUUGAGUAUCAUUGACAGAAAGAAGAAUUUGGUGAAAUUGAGUAACGGUGAAUACAUUGCCCUUGAGAAAUUAGAAUCCAUCUAUAAGAGUAGUGUGCUUGUUACCAAUAUUUGUGUCUAUGCCGAUUCAUUGUUCCCUAAGCCUAUUGCCCUUGCUGUUGUUGCUGAAAAUGUGGUUCGUAAAUUAGCUAUCGAGAAGAAGGUGACCGAAACAGACUUCAAGUUGUUGUGUAAGGACGAGACAAUCAAAAAGGCAGUAUUAAAGUCACUUUUGGACACUGCUAAAGAAGGUGGUUUGAAGGGAGCUGAGCUCUUGUUUGAUGUACAUUUGUGUGAUGAAGAAUGGACCACCGACUCUGGUUACUUAACUGCUGCACAAAAGAUCAAGCGUCCUGAACUUACCAAGGGUUUUAAGGCAGAAUUCGAAGCAAUGAAUGCCAAACAAAAAUGAGUUGCCUCUUUAUAACUAUACCAACAACAAUAAUACUAAUUACUAUAAUAAAAAAACUGUGUUUAUUUAUUAUGCAUCAUAAAAAAAAAGUACGCCAAAGUA